UUUGGAGCAGCCGUCUCCUUGCAGUGGCGUUGGGCUCAUUUGCUGUGCUCAGAUACUAUCUGGAAUGGGAGGAGUUGUGUGGCAUUUGGGGCUCCAGCUGUGCAUUGCUGCUGCGCUGCUCUUUGGUGGAGGAAGAGGGAGAGAGCUCUCUGGCAGCCUAAGCUGCCUGAAUAACUACAUGACUACCGUGAGCUGCAUGUGGGUAACGGAGAAGCCCAUGGGCAAUGGACCUUUCCACCUGCAUUUCACCAACCUCUGGUCAAAGGGCCACAACGCCAGCUGCAAACUGACUGCCACAGAGAGCAUGCAGAAUCAGUACCACUGCACAAUUCAUCUAGCCAGCCAGAUCUUGGAAACAGAUGGUUAUAGAGUCUCUCUCCAGGGAAACUUCUUUGGAUGUAAUCAGACAUACAUGGCCUUUCUAGAGUACAAUCCCCGCAAGCACAUAAAACUUGAUCCACCUUUGAACAUCCAGAGCAAUGCCACUGCCAGCAAGUGCCAGAUAUGGUGGAGUGUGUGGAAUGUGCCUUGGUACCUCGCUGAAAUUCUCCAAUAUGAGUUGCAGUAUAAGGAGUACAGCAUGUCCUGGGAGGUUGCAAUGAACAAGACACUGCCCAGUUCACUUCCACAAGUAGAAAUUGAAGCCACAGAGCUUCGCAGUGGCAUUGCUUAUGCUGCAAGAGUUCGCUGCAAAGUUUCUGAAAAUGAGAAUUCAUACCACAGUCAAUGGAGUGAGUGGAGCCAGACGACAGUGUUAAAAAGAGCAGAUGUCCCCAAAGUCUCGGAAAAGAUUCUAAAUAUCAAAACUAUGCAGUACUUGUUCAUUCCUCUGAGUUUUGGCACUCUACUCUAUUUAUUCUGGAACUGCAAGCUUUCCUCAAGGGCAAAAAGCCUCGCCUGCUUUAACAUUCCCACGCCAGCUGCUUUCUUUCAGCCACUCUAUAGUUUGCACAAUGGGAAUUUUAAGGACUGGGUUGGACUGAAUGAGGCUUGUAGCCAGCUUGAAAGAGAAGAGGCCAGCAACUCAAGCAAAGUGAAUGCAGAUAGAGUUUUUGAUCUAAACACCCAAGAACUGAUUUCCCAGAUCUCAUUGGAACCUACGGGAAGUACAGAUGUGGUUACUGCAGAAGAAAACUUUGCAUUUGCCUCAGGUCCAAGCCAGCAGUAUGUCCCCAUCAGGUACAUAAGAGCAGAAGAGAUAAAGAUGUGGCCAGGACUAUUGUUUGCACCAAACCAUGCUGAUGAUACUGUUGGCCCGAAAUUCUCUGAAAUAAUUAAAGACAACCUUGAGAGCCCUAGUGUUGGAAGGAAUUAUCCCUCUCACUCACAGCAUGGAAAAGGUGACUUUCUUAUGCUUCGAGAAUCUUUGGGGAUAAAAGAUGUGUUAUUCAGUGGUAGUGACUAUUGUACUUUGUGUGACAAUGAUACCACAGGAGGUUUGAUUUCCGCUGAACUACUGAAGCUUUCUAAUCACAAUAAUCAUGUUAAACAUCAGAAAGAUCAGUGACCUUCCCUGAAGAAUAUUGCCUACAAAGUUCCUUGUGCUCUCCUAUCACCUCCCAAGCAGCACAAAUGGUGACUGUGCAGACAGUUUCAAACAUGUAUCAUUUUAAAACACAUCCUCAAUUGCUGUACUUCAGAAGAAGAUUGUGACUAAGUUCCCUGUCCAGCAAAUACUACCCCUACAGGCAUUCCCUAAAUUAACCUUCUGGCUGCUGUGUCGAGACACCCUUUCCAAAAAGUGUGCUAAACUGUUGUGAGCAGUCUUUAUCUGUAAGAAAAACAGGAACAGGUAGAGGAGUUAACAUCUGAUUUGUGUGAUGCCACAGGAGGUGAUAGCAGUGAUUAGUUUUCAGUGUUUUAAGCAAAGGGCUUUUCUGAUACCUGAAAAAUAUCCCAUUUCUGGUUCUUGGUGCUUUUUAACUUACAGAAACUAUAUUCAAGGGUGCUUCUAUUACUCCGCUACAAUCUAAUGGCAAGAGAAGUACAUGAUGUUGCUGUCAUUAACAGUUACUGUUAUUUCCCCAGAAUGAGAAAAUCAGUAAAACAAUGCCACAUACCAGGAGAAUGUUGGUGAUCCCGAACUUUUAGACCCCAUAGCGCGGUUUGAUGU